UGUGGCCUCGUUCAUACCACAUACAUCCACAAUAAUUUAACCUACUGUAGUAUUACUAGUGAAAAUAAUGUUUAUAUCAUAAAAAAAUAACACCGCUGUGCAUUUUUUUCAAAUUUAUUUUGCUAAUUACGUGAAAGAUUUCGUGAAUAGCCCCCCUGAAACUAUAACCGACCACGGCAGGAUGUAUAAGGAAGUGUAAGACAUGAGGACUUUACCAAAAUGGAUCGACAAGAUUCAGGAUAGCGAUAAGGUUGGACAGAGUAUCUACGACCUAUGUUUCAACCCGGACGGAACCCAACUAAUCGUAGCAGGCGGCAACCAUGUCCUAGUCUACGACGUUGCCGAUGGUACCCUAAUCCAGCACCUCAAAGGACACAAGGAGAAAGUCCACACGGUGUCCUACGCGAAAAAUGGCGAAAAAUUCGCUAGCGGCAGCGCCGACAAGACUGUCAUCAUCUGGUCAAACAAACUGGAAGGAUUACUGAAGUAUAGCCACAAUGACUCAGUACAAUGUGUAGCGUUCAAUCCUCUAUCGCACCAAUUGGCUUCUUGUGCACUUACAGACUUCGCUUUCUGGAGUGCCGACCAAAAAGCCGUUCAAAAGCACAAGAGUGGGGCAAGGAUAAACUCUUGUUCCUGGACAAAUGACGGUCAGUACCUAGCUCUAGCUCUAAACAACGGUACUAUAUCGAUUAGAAACAAACUUGGAGAAGAAAAAGGGAAAAUUGAAAGACCAAAUGCGCCAGCAAUAUGGGCGAUAACUUGGAGUACAUUCAAAGACGACCCUACAGACACUCUCUGUGUAACAGAUUGGAAUAAAUCUCUGUCAUUUUAUACUCUAGGAGGAAAACUUGUUGGAAAAGAACGAUAUUUAGGCUUCAAUGCGCUGAAAGCCAGAUAUUUUCCCAAAGGUGAUUAUAUUUUGAUUGGAGGACUGAACAAGGCUUGUAAGUUGUACACUAGAGAAGGUAUAAUGCUGGGAACUGUCGGGGAUCAGCAGAAUUCGUGGGUUUGGUGCUGUGAAGCUGACCCAAAAGGAAAUAUUGUGGCUAUAGGAUGCGACGAUGGUACAAUAGCUGUCUACCAACUGGUAUUCAACAUGGUACAUGGACUCUACAAGGAACGUUACGCUUACAGAGAAAACAUGACAGACAUUAUCAUUCAACAUCUCAUUACCGAGCAGAAGGUUCGAAUCAAAUGCAGAGAUCUGAUCAAGAAAAUUGCUAUUUAUACUGACAGAUUAGCCGUACAACUGCCUGAAAGAGUGGUCAUCUACGAACUCUACUCCAAAGACACCAGCGACAUGCACUACAGAGCCAAAGAGAAGAUCGCCCAAAAACUAGAAUGCAGCUUGCUGGUCGUAUGCAGCAAUCACAUCGUCAUCUGCCAGGAAAAGAACCUUCAAAGCAUGUUCUUCUCAGGCGAUAAAGAAAAAGAAUGGAACUUUACCAGCCCAAUUCGGUACAUUAAAAACGUUGGAGGGCCACCAAGUCGUGAAGGUCUUCUGCUAGGUUUAAAGAAUGGUCAAGUCUGGGAGGUUCAUUUAGAUAAUGUACAUCCCUUGUUAAGGGUAUCUGUUAAUGAUGGUAUACGUUGCUUAGACGUUAGUCAAAGAAAAGAAAAAUUAGCUGUUGUAGAUGAAACAGGUCUUUGUCAAGUGUUCAAACUCAAAAACGGAGAACUAUGCUAUCAGGAAAACAACGCGAACAGCAUUGCGUUUAACAAUUAUUACGAAGAAAUGCUUGCCUUCAGCGGAAACAAUACCCUCUCUAUAAAAGUCAUGGACUUUCCAGCUCACGUUCAGAAAAUGACAGGCUUCGUUGUAGGACUCUCCGGCUCUAAAGUCUUCUGCCUGAACGGCUCUGCCAUGUCCAGUCUCGACCUCCCCUUAAGCGCCCCCAUGUACCAAUUCAUCGAGAAGAAAAUGUACAACGACGCCUAUAAAAUCGCAUGUCUUGGCGUCACAGACGGUGACUGGGAAGAACUAGCCCAUUCAGCCCUUGAAAACAUGGAAUUCGAGAUAGCCAGACUAGCUUUCGUAAAAUUACAAGACUUCAACUACCUGGAACUAAUCCAAGAUGUCCAGGACCAACAGCAAAAAGGAAGCUAUCCCCGAGAAGUCGUCUUGGGAGACAUCUACGCGAUGAAGGGAAAACUGAAGGAAGCAGCAAGGUUCUAUCAGAAGUCCGGACACGAAACCAAAGCUUUAACUAUGUACACCGACUUAAGAAUGUUUGACGAGGCUCAGGAGUAUCUGGGAAGUAAAGAUAAUGACGAUCUAAUAAGACAGAAAGCUGAUUGGGCUCGAAACAUCAACGAACAUAAGGCAGCAGCUGAUAUGUACGUCUCCAUAGGAGACAUGGACACUGCUAUUGAGAUCUACACUGAAAAAGAAUGGACCGAUCAACUCGUGGAUUUGGGAAGGCGAUUAGAUAAAUCUGAAAAAGCUUCUCUUAGCACUAUUGCGCAGCAUUUGAAGAGAUUGAACCAACCAGGAGCUGCAGCUGAGAUAUAUCGAAGACUAGGAGAUUCUGCAGCUGUUUUGCAACUCCAUGUCGAAGCAAACGAAUGGGCUCAGGCUUUUGCCCUUGUCCAAAACCAGCCCCAGUAUAACGCCAUAGUCUAUGUACCUUACGCUCAAUGGUUAGCUGAAAAUGACAAGUUCGUUCAAGCCCAGAAAGCUUUCCAUAAAGCUGGCAAGUCGGAGGAGGCGUUUAAAGUGUUUCAACAGCUCACACACAACGCAGUCAAUGAAAGUCGAUUUGAUGAUGCAGGUUUCUACUAUUGGAUAAUCUCCAGACAGUAUCUAGAUCUAGCUAAAAAACCAGAUAAUAAUAAAAGCGAUUGGUAUUUGGAAAAAUUCGCCGAAAACGAAAAGCUAGCUCAGAUUUACUACGCUUAUAACACCGUUCAUAAGUAUCUGGAAGAACCGUUCACUUCAUACAUGCCUGAAGCUCUGUUUAAUAUAUCGCGCUUUUUGAUGUUGGAAACUCACAACAGAAAACCGCAAGGAGUGUCUCUGUUUGCCAUCUAUUUCACUCUAGCGAAACAAGCGAGGAAGUUAGGCGCUAACAAGCUGGCUAAACAAACUUUUGACAAAAUCACCUCGUUUAGAGUGCCUCAAAAAUUCCAAGAACAAGUUGAGAUAGCGACCAUCGCUUCCAGAGCUAGACCUUACAACGAUCCGGAAGAACUACUACCAAUGUGUUACAGGUGCUCUACUUAUAACCCCCUUUCUUCUACAUCAAACUACUGUGUUAAUUGUGGACAAAACUUUAUAUAUUCGUUCGUCAGCUUUGAGUUACUUCCUUUGGUGGAAUUUCAGCUCGUAGAAGGGAUAUCUGACGAUGAAGCUAUUAGACUGAUCGAAACGCCCCAUGAAAGCAAAGACCAGGCUUUUGAAGAAAACAUAGGAGAAACUCAACAAACCUUAGAGUUAAAAAUCGAAGAUGAAGAUAAAGAUAUUGACCCUUUUAUGUUUAGAUUCGUGGAUAAGGAUGAAGAUAAAGAAUUCCAACCUGUUGUAUUAGAUAGAAAACAUCUUUUAGAGCUGGAUAUGGAAAGUGUUUUGGUUUGCAAGUGGGGACCGCCUUUAAGGUAUCAGUUUUUCAAGAAUUUGUUGCCCGAGCUUCACGUGACUAUAUGUAAUUCGUGCUUCAAGGCGUUUCAUGUUGAUGACUUUGAGCUACAGGUGUUGCAGAAAGGCUUUUGUCCAUUCUGUAGGGUUUCACCAGACAGUAUUGACGUAGAUAACAAUUCUUCAGAUGAAUUGAUAGUUUAGUUGUUAGUAAGUUGUAAAUAAAAGUUUAUUUUAAUGAAAUCCGUUGUCUAAACUAUCAGUCU